AGCCGCCUGCAAGAGGACAUUCCCCGCUGCGCAACAGGUUCGCCAAGUCGCUCACGUCGCCAGAUGAUUACCUUUGCAAAACGACAUUCUAUACGUGUUUGCUCACUGCAGCCGGCAAAGCCUGCACCUCCCUAAAACACUUAAAAUAAGUAAAGAAGAUUCACCCAAUCGCCCGGAGCUAUCGGCGACAACGCGGGGACAGCUCGUCCACCAAGUUUCUUUUUUCUCUUAAAACUUUUCCUUUUAAAAAGGUACGAAAGUUUUAAAUCCACGUUUUAUGUACAACGCCGUUGUGGGGUUAUACAUUAAGCUACUCCUUUUGAUCCGCGCCAGCUUUAAAGAGCAGUGAUGGAACAGCAGGAGGCGGUGUUGCUGAACGCAGCCCCGGCGGAUGGUGCACAGGGAGCACCGCCGUUGUUAGACCGCACAGGUGCUUGUUGUCAUGGAGGAGCAAAGAUGGCGGUCCUGGCCUACAGCCUGGGCAAACGCGAAAUAAAUCAUCAUUUUACCAUCAAAAAUGCCAAACUGAUAUCGGUGGUGCUCGUCGUUCUACUCGUCGUGUUUCACACAGCUUCGCGGUACUAUGGAGGCGGAGACUCGUGUGAGCGGCUGCUGUCCAGGGGACGGUACUUGGGGGAGAACGUGUGGCAGCCGUAUGGCUGCAUGAUGCACAAAUACAAAAGCAUUGAAGCCCAAACCUGCCUGGCUGAAAAGCAAGUGGCCUUUCUCGGUGACUCACGAAUCAGGCAACUCUUUUAUUCCUUCAUAAAAAUUAUUGAGCCUGGGCAAGCAGAAGAUGGAAACAAGCACGAGGACAUUUCCUUUCAAGUUGACAGUUCCUCUGUCAAUGUGGACUUUCUGUGGUAUCCAGAGGCAAAUAAUUCAAUGAAGGAGCGCUUGAUGUCAUGGACAAACGACGGUUCAGCAAAGCCAGAUGUUGUCAUCCUUGGAGCUGCAACUUGGUCCAUCAAGUUCCACAGCGGCAGCAGCGAGACACUGGAACAGUACAAAGUCAACCUGACGGCUAUCGCUGUGCACCUGGAGAAGCUGGCUGACCAUGCAGAGGUCUAUUGGGUCCUGCAAGAUCCGGUCAAUGAGGAGGCGUUGAAUGAGAACAGGAAAAUGAUCACCAACGAGCAGGUGGAGCUGUACAAUGAAGCGGCGGUGGACGUGCUCAACAAAAACAAGCGCAGCGGCGGGUCCCGGGUCAAGGUGUUGGCUGCGUCCCGGCAGGCCGCUCUGGAAACCGUGGCCCAAUCAGAUGAUGGCCUGCACCUUCCCGAGGGCACCAGGAACGUGGGUGCCAUGGUGCUCAUGAACUCUCUGUGCAACAAGCUGCUCCGGCCCAUCGACGGCUCCUGCUGCCAGACGUUCGCGUCCCCAAACCUCCUGCAGAAGCUGUCGGCGUGCAUCUUCGCGGGCUCUGCCGCGGCCCUCUUGGUUUUCCACCUCCUCGGCAGGAACCGCCACCGCCGGCUUGUGCCGCCCGACGUGGAGAGCCUCGAGGAGAAGAAGCCGGCGACCGCGGCCGCCCCUCCGGGUCUGACGGCGCCGUUACAGGCCCUCUGCCGGAUGGGCCUCAUCAUGAGCUAUUUCUACCUCUGCGACAGGGCCGACGUGUUCAUGAAGGAGCAGAAGUUCUACACCCACUCCACGUUCUUCAUCCCCCUUAUCUACAUCUUUGUCCUGGGAGUGUUCUACAACGAGAACACCAAAGAGUCCAAAUUACUCAACCGUGAGCAGACGGACGAGUGGAAAGGCUGGAUGCAGUUAGUCAUCCUCAUCUAUCACGUCUCUGGAGCCAGCGCUUUCCUUCCGGUGUACAUGCAUGUGCGUGUGCUGGUGGCAGCGUACCUCUUUCAGACCGGAUAUGGACACUUUUCCUUUUUCUGGCUCAAAGGAGACUUUGGACUGUACCGGGUGUGCCAGGUACUUUUCCGUCUGAACUUCCUGGUCUUGGUGCUGUGUCUAGUAAUGGACCGACCCUACCAGUUCUAUUACUUUGUCCCUUUGGUCACCUUCUGGUUUGUGGUCAUCUACUGCUCGCUGGCCGUGUGGCCUCAGAUCCUUCAGAAGAAAGCCAACAGUAGUGGCUUGUGGCACUUUGGGGUCUUGGCAAAGUUACUCGCCCUCCUGCUGUUCAUCUGCAUCUUUGCCUUUUCACAGGGUUUCUUUGAGCGAGUCUUCUCUGUUUGGCCCAUCUCAGCGCUCUUUGAGCUAAACGGAAGCAUCCACGAGUGGUGGUUCAGAUGGAAGCUGGACCGAUUUGCGGUGAUACACGGCAUGUUGUUCGCCCUCCUCUAUCUGGUGCUUCAGAAGCGCCAGGUGCUGUCGGAGGGCAAAGGAGAGGCACUCUUCUCUGCCAAGAUGUCCAACCUGCUCCUCUUCCUGUCAGUCGUCUCCUUCAUAACCUACUCCAUAUGGGCCAGCAGCUGCAAAACCAAAACAGAGUGCAACGAGAUGCAUCCUUACAUCUCUGUGGUCCAGAUUUUGGCCUUCAUUCUCAUUAGAAACAUUCCCGGCUACGCCCGAUCUGUAUACAGCUCAUUCUUUGCCUGGUUCGGAAAGAUCUCCUUGGAGCUGUUCAUAUGCCAGUACCACAUCUGGCUCGCCGCAGACACCAAAGGCAUUUUGGUCCUUAUCCCAGGAAACCCUUCACUUAACAUCAUGGUCAGCACCUUCAUCUUCGUCUGCGUGGCUCACGAGAUUUCCCUCAUCACCAAUGAUCUGGCCCAGGUGGUCAUCCCCAAAGACAGCAUGGCCCUGCUGAAAAGACUGGGGGCUGUUGGGCUCCUCGGUCUAGUUUUGUUGCUGCUGACCAUGGGCAGCCACGCCUGAUGGACACCUCUGGACGGGGGGAAGGAGGGGGGGCACACAACAGACUUGCCAAGCACCCUGCUGAGGUUGACGUCUGCAUCCAAGCCAGGCCCAGAGCAGGCCCAGUGUUUUUUAGCCGACUGUUGUCCACAGGGGACAACCUCGACUGUGUCCGGGGAAUACACGGGAACCCGAGGAGGUGGGGGGGGGCUCUCUGCCGCCCACGUUUGAGCAGUACUGUGUUUGACUGCUGUGAAAGUCGCACACUGAACGAAAGCAGUCGCUCUUUCCCAAUCGCAAAGACUGAAGCGCUCAAUAAGUUUACAUUAUGUGGAUUCGGUGGAAGAGCAGAGACGACAUUCGGACAUUUUAUGUUAAACAAAAAGCGUUUUUCUUUUUAGGACCUCAUGCUUGCUCUGUGAAUAUUUGCAGCGUCGCUUACAAUUUAGCCAAACAUUAAUAGAUGGGGGGUUUUGCCACAUACAGCACUUCCUCCAUCCACUCGGCAGUGACAGUUGAAGGGGUUUUCACUCAGGAUCCAUGGUCUACAUAUUCAGAUAUCUUUGGGGGGAGGAAAUGAGGGAAAUCCAUUUUACUAUCAAAGCGUCUUUUUGUAUGGUGUCUCUGGGGACUAAAAAAGUUAAGAUAUCUAAAUGUGCGAAAUAUGGACCAACAACUGACUUGGGUAAUCUAAAAAUUGUCCAGACUAAAGUGAAAAUUCGGAGUGCAGUUGUUGAAAAGUUGUUUUCCUUUCGACAUAUUUUUGAUAAUGGUUUUUCUGAGGUGAUUUUAGAAACGUUUGUCCUGGGCUAGAAGACACCGUCGCCACCUGCUCGAGCUCUGAAAUUCUAUGUGAUAUGUACAGUAUUUAAUGAUUUAAAUUAUGUUUAUAUUUUAUAAGGGUUUUCUGUUUUGAUUUUGUACUUUUCGCUCAUGACUGGCUGCUUGGGAAGGACGUCCUACAGGGAUCACUCUACCCAUCCCGCAGAUAAUCACUCAGACGCACUGCGAGGUCGAGCCUGUACAGCCUGACACUCGUCCGUCCUAUUCGCGCAUUACAUAGUCUGUGUAUUAGAAUAGUAUGACUGGGUGAGGGACUUUAUUUUGAAAAGCAGUACUUAACCAGUGUUUUUAACCCUCCUAUAGGGGUUAUUAAAAACAUGCCUCUCUAGCUCUGGUGGAAAACGCACUGGCUUCAUAUAUUAUUGUGGAAUAGGAAUAACCUCUAAAUACACAUGCUCCCUCUGCUGUAGCACACUUUUGGUCAGUGGAUGGUGGCUUACAAGUACGCAGCAUCUGGGAUGUAGCCUGUUGACCCUUUUUUGUAUCCGGGCUCAACCGACUUUUAAAACGACUCAAGUGAUGCGCAGAAUGAGCUGAGACCUAUAACUCCCCUAAAGGAAAAUAUUGUAUAUUUUGUCAGCAGACAAAUAGGUGAUUUCCUCUUUGCCUAUAUAUCCUCACAGACAUUUAAGAGAUAUUCGCACUUUCAUGUUUUCUUUCAUUCUUAGCAGUGAAAAACAAACCUGUUUAACAACGUGCAGAUGCUUUCUGUACUUCAGCACAUUUUUAUUAGGUAAAUGUUUGGUCACUUAGCAAAUGUAUAUUAUAAGAUACAAGCUGCACCACUUAUAGAUAAAAACAUUUAUUUUAUUUACCAUGGGGUGGUAGAUUGCUUUGCAAUAUUUGUUUUGUUUUACAAAUGUAUGUCUCAUAAAAAAAAAAAAGAAUUAAUUUCUUUGCAGUGGAACAAUUUGUCUACAGCUUUUGCAUCUUUUCGUGUCAGUUAUCGGAUGUGCAGCCUCUGUUGGGUUCUCCAAAUAAGAGCAAAGAAAAUGUGUAAUUUCUAUAACCAAUCAUCGCCUCAUUGUAUAGAUGAAAAUCUCCCUUUCCUUGAUGCAAUUUCCGUUCCUAUAUGAUGUUUACUGAUCAACCGCUAUAAAUUAGUUAAACGUUUCAGGCCUUAAUAGAUAUUUUUGGUCACGUAAAAGCAACAAAUAUUAACACCCCUGUUUGAAAUGUUACAUGUACGUUUUUCUGUGAUGUCUUAAAAAUGUCAAACGGAUACAUAUUAUUUAUAAAUGCCUUUAUGCUGUUGUACAUUGUUAAUAAUACCUUCAUAAAAUCUGCUUUUCAUGUAA